AUGUCCCUGCUACGCGAAGCAGAGAGAUGCGUCGCUAAACAGCAUGCGCAUUGUCUCAAUGCCUUCAUAACCCCAUUAGCGCGCACGGGGCAGUGGCUGGACCGCGUGAAGGAGGCUGACCGGCGCCGUGAGAAAGGAGAACCAAAAUCGGCGGUAGACGGUCGCCUUGUUGCUAUCAAAGACAACAUCUGCACUCGCGAUCUACCGACAACCUGCGCCUCCGGCAUUCUCGACAAAUUCACCAGUCCGUUCAAUGCGACUGUUGUGGAGCAAUUGGAGAAAGCUGGGGCUGUACUGGGUGGAAAAACCAAUCUAGAUGAAUUUGGGAUGGGAUCGCAUUCCAUUCAUUCUCGAUUUGGGCCCGUUAGAAACUCCCGACGAGACAGGGACGGACAAGAGCUCUCAGCCGGCGGAAGUUCUGGCGGAAGUGCAGUGGCUGUCGCCGCAGGUCAGUGCUAUAGCGCACUCGGGACCGACACCGGAGGCUCCGUCAGACUCCCCGCGGCGUACACAGGAACGGUGGGCUUCAAGCCUUCCUACGGCUUGAUCUCACGCUGGGGCGUCGUUGCGUAUGCAAAUUCACUAGAUACCGUUGGGAUAUUGGGGAGUGAUACUUCCAGCGUGCGAGACAUCUUCUCCAUACUUAACCGACAUGACCCGCGCGAUCCGACAAGUCUGUCCCAACUCUCACGAUCACGAAUUCGUUGCCACCUCCAAAGCCCCCAGCUCUCCUCCCGCCUGAAAUCCUCUCCGCUUCGAAUUGGCGUACCACUAGAAUACAACCUCUCCGAGCUUACGCCGUCAGUUCGACUUGCCUGGGUCUUGUCCCUUGCGCAUCUGCAGGCACAGGGCCAUACCAUUCACCCCGUGUCCCUGCCAGCUACGAAACACGCUCUGUCUGCAUACUACAUUCUCGCACCCGCUGAGGCAUCCUCAAAUCUGGCCAAAUAUGACGGCGUGCGCUACGGAACGCGUGGUGAGGGGCCGGACGGUACCGGCCAGGCAGAUGGAUAUCUCUAUGCGAACACACGCGGCAGUGGGUUCGGAUCAGAGGUUCAAAGGCGUAUUCUCCUCGGUACAUUCAGUCUGAGCGCGGAUGCCAUGGACAAUUACUUCAUCCAGGCACAGCGUGUACGCCGACUCAUUCAGCAAGACUUCAAUGCCGCCUUCGCACGUCAACAUCCCCUGGUUGCGGAGGAUACAGACGGGCAUGUUUCUGAAUCGGCAAAUGUCGAUGUGAUCGUCUGUCCCACUACUACUUCAUCUCCGCCACGACUAUCUGAAUUGACGAAUGGCACUUCCAAAACCUCACCUUUGGAUGCAUAUGUCAAUGAUGUUUUUACAGUGCCGGCUAGCUUAGCAGGACUCCCGGCUAUUUCUGUACCGGUGACGGUGUCGUCAAAAUCUGGCCAGGAUUCUAGCGCCGACGAGCUGACUGGGAUUCAGGUUGUUGGUCAGUAUGGAGAUGAUGAGCUUGUCAUGAAUGUCGGAGAACUGCUUGCAGGUUCUCGACUUGGUGAUAAUUAA